AAAGCCUGGUAAUCGAGGCUGGGAUCCACAAGUCAUGGCUCCUCUGUGCCUUUCAGAGACAGGGGCAGCAAUGGAGGGCUUAUAUGCAUCUGGUCAAGUAUGUGCUGUUGGGAUCAGCAACUUCUCAUCCAAGAAGCCAUGGGACCUGCUCAAGAUUACCAAAGAACCACCUGCUGUCAAUCAGGCAUGCUUCCCUCUAAGAUCUCCUGGCUCUUUAGUUAAUGAUUUGAAUGUCAGUAUCUAUGUUGGUUACAAAUUUAACAUACUAGCAUUCAUGGUUCCUGUGUAAUUCUCAUGCUAUUUUGUAUAUAGGUAUAGAAGGGAAUGUGAAUCUAAAUCUCAGUCUUAUUUUGUUAGGAAAAUGUCUUGUGUUUAAUCUUGAAUCAAGCUUCUUGCACAUUCCAGUGUUUUCUGCUUGAUAGAAGGUAUUUUUCUGCUAAAACUUUAUAUUUUCUAUUGUAAGCUUCCUUUUUUAUUUCAGGUGUAGAGAUAGUGAAGUAGUGAACAAUAAAGGCCAAGAUCAAGCAAGAAACAUCUCAUCUGUAGCAGAAGUAAUAAAAGCUUAUUAAAGAA